AUGAAUACCAAAACGAUGCGUCUGCCCCCACGCCGUGUGCUGACAUCAGACAAACGAGUUAUCUCCGGCGCCGUCGCCGGUAAACAGACGGAAACCGCCGUCAUAAGUCCGCCACCGCCGCCGAUUAAAUCUAUCCUCAAGAAAACUCCACCACCCGUUGCUCCACCAACCACUACCGCCACCGCCGUGAUAGCCGAGCCGACCGGUUCGAACCAGCUCCUAGCCGGUUAUUUGGCUCACGAGUUUCUCAACAACGGCACACUCUUCGGAGAGCAUUGGAACCCGGCUCGGGCCCAAGCCGGCCCAUUUGCGGCCCAAUCUACUGAACCGAGAAAGACUAAGCCGAGCCAUGAUAUCGAGCCGAGCGACCAUAAACGGAGGAGAUAUGUGGAGGUUGCUAACAUCCUCCGGGUAGACGGGGCCCACUUUCCCGGUAUUGUCAACCCUUCACAGCUUGCCCGAUCCCUUCAAUUGUGA